GGAUAUUCCUUGACAUACCGAAACUUGACCUAAGACGGAAGUCUGGAAAAGAUGGAAACAGACAAAUCUGUCUUUUAUGAUGGUCGUGAGAAGGUUUACAAGAAUUUUCUUCAUGAUCUAAGUAAAAAGUUGUCGUCGAAGAAUAUAGAAGCUUUGAAAUUUGUUAGCGACAUUCCAGAUGGUGAUUGUGAAAAAAUAUCUGAUGGUACACAGUUAAUGAAAGCUUUUCUUGUCCAUGGGUUUAUUUCCUAUUGUCCUGAUGGUCUUGAAAAUUUGUCAGAAAUAUUAAAAGAUAUACGUAGGCAUGAUUUAUCUGGAGAAACCACCAGGUUCAUUGAAAAUAUGAAGAAAACUUCUGAUCCUAUGCAGGAAAGAGGAAAAGGCGGAAAAAUUAGCAGUGUGCAUCAGAAAUCAAAGAAACUGGAUCCACCAGGCAUUUUUACGAAAAAAAAUCAGGAUUCCAACAGCAAAUCACCAACAGACGAUCUUGAUUAUUGUAUUGAAAUACCUACUGAUGGAAAUGAGGCAAUUGUAUAUGGCGUGUCAGAAAGCAACCAAGAAACAGAGCUCCCAUUUGCAGUGUACAGUGAUGCAGGUUUUUAUCGAAUGGAUAGUGAUCCACAUGGCUAUUGCUUGAUAAUUAGCAAUGAAGAUUUCAAAGCCACCAGAAUGAGCCAUGAUGAUGGAUAUUGUUUAAAUCUUGAUGACAGAAAAAGCUCUGCUGUAGAUGUCCGUAGUUUGGAAGACAUUUUCAGCAGUUUAAAGUUCAAGGUGGAAAAGCGCGAAAAUAAAACUGCUAAGGAGAUGUUUUCAAUUUUUGAGCUGUUUGCUAAUUUAAAUCAUGCACCUUUUGAUUGUUUUAUAACAUUCAUUUUAAGUCAUGGAUGUCGGGAUGGGGUUUAUGGCAUUGAUGGUGAUAUAUUACCUAUUGGUGCCGUGGUUGAUCUCCUCGAAAGGUGUCCUAGCCUUCAAGACAAACCAAAGGUGUUGUUUGUGCAGUGUUGCCGUGGUGAUGAUAUAGAUGGUGUAUAUAAAACCAGUAUCACUCCAUCAAUAAACAUAGAGGAAUUUCCCAAUAAACCAGAUUUUUUUCUGGCCUUUGCGACUCCUUCAGGCUACACCUCCUGGAGGAGCGAGGUUGAUGGGUCUUGGUUCAUCGAUAUGCUGUGUGAGGUAAUCAGAGGUAACCUUUCCUUGCCUUUAGAAGAUAUAAUGAAAAAAGUUUCUGAGCAGUUAUACAAGGCGUACACUUCCGAAGGUCACAAGCAAGUACCGCAAACAGUAUCGACCCUUGCGAAAAACCUCAAGUUUAUGUAAUUUUGUAUUGUAAUAAAAUGAGCGAUUAAAUGAUAAUUUAAGACAGGAAAAGUAAUCUAAAACCCUUUUAAUUCGACACUAACUAACCCAGGUCGCCCCAGGUUAAAAUGCUGAUAUUAUGCAGGAAAAAUGGCAACAAGAAAUCGAGUUUCCAUUCAAACGUGCAUUGCUAGGUUAAUUAAAAUUGGGAUCACGAACCGCGCUCGCAUUUUGUUACUUCAGCGUGGUGUAAGCAAAAAAAUGAAAGUUUAUGGAGUUCUAUCGCUAAAAAAGCCUGGGUAAAGCACUUCACAUGGGGAGGAAAACUGUUUGGAGAGGCAUCUGUAAGGAAAUCUCUACGGGGUCUUUUGAUUUCGCCAGCAAGUUGUAGCUAUCAUGUUUUUCUUAUAUUUAUGUUUCAGCUACUUGAACCCUUUCUUUGAUAUGGUUGUAUCAAAAAAAUAUCCACCUUUUUCGCUAUUUGCACAGAAAUGGCUUCUUUCGGGAACAACAAUCUAAUGCUUGCUGACUUUAUCAACUGGCUAAAUGCCAAUCAACAAAAUAACCUCUUCAUCCUCCCAAGGCAAUCGUCGGUCUUCCUUUUCUAAGUCCAUAACUCAUAACCAGUUUGUCAAUAACCAUUGUUUAUCUCGUCGAAGCUGUGCCCUGUUAUAAAUUCUCAAUGGAUGAACACUGCAAAAGUUGCUAUAAAUGCCAGUUACAAAUGUCCAGAUGCUGUGAUGGCUCUUCAUCUAAAUUCCCAUCAGUCAGGGCAUAACAUUGUUACAGUAGAUUUUUACGUAGGCCUGGACUUUUUGAUUGGGCAAUUGAAAAUCUGUAAAUUUAUCGUCAACUCUAUCAUAAAUAUCAUUUUUUUUUUCUCUAACUCUUAGCAGAUUGGGCAAUUUCAUCUUCUCUGACUGCUGCAAUUCUUGUUGUUUUCCUAAUGUCAUCAAAGGUCUCGAAUAAUUUUCACGUUUCUGAUUUCGUCUCUUAAAAAGUCGCUUUUUGGACUUGUAGCCUUGUAAAUCUAUUGGUUGUUUAUAAUGAUCAUUUAUGAAACUAUCUA